UUUUGUUUUUAAUUGUAUUGUUUUGUUGUCGACCGGCUUCGCGUUUCUCUCACCGUCUUCGCUAGACAUGGCGCUCGAUGCUUAUGCUUCGUCGAACCCUAAUCAGGUUCACUCAGAUGUUCUUCUUAAAUCUAGAGAUGCUUGCUACAAGGCGAGAGAUGCUUUUUACGCUUGCCUGGAAAAGGAAUCUGGAAAGAAACUCACUGAAAUCGCUUCCGUGGGUCUUCUCUACCCGAAGGAGUGCAGCAAUUCCAGAACAGAGUUCGUCAAAAACUGCCGCUCCUCUUGGGUGAAGCAUUUCGAUAGGGAGUAUUGCCGGAACAAGAGAGUGCAAAGACUGUUGGAUGAUGGAGACGAGAGGAAAGGUCCAAUGUCACUUCCUCAGCCUUACACUUUCAAGCCUUCCCCUCCCGCUUAGAUUACUUUCCUUUCCUGGUCUGUAAGAUAACAAUGGCCAUUGCACUCACCGAGUCGUUCCUUGAAAUCAAAUACUGUUGGUGAAACAUGGGAGUUAUUUUCUUUGCCUAUAGUUUGACUUGUUUUAUAGCUCUCCUAAAAGUAUUGUCUUUAUUUGAGUUGUAAGUCUACAACAUUGGAAUAAAAGGGAGCAUUUCAAGAACCUGAUUCUUUGCUUUUAUGUUUAUUGCUGCCCACAAUGUUUGUUGAUA